AUGGAAGAGGAAUGGGCUUCAAAAAUUCUAUCACAGUUAUUAAUUAAAGAAAAGUGCAUAAAGGAAAAAGAUGUGUAUACUUUAAUGGGCAAAUUUGGGGAUAUAAAUAAAAUUAUUCAUCAUAUGAAUGAAAAAUUAGAACCUCUUGGAUUUAUAGUUAAUAAUGAAUUAAUAAAAGGUGAAGAAUAUAUAAUAUUAAAUUCUGAAAGAAUGAGAAAUCCUAGUAAUAAAUCUGUGAAUAAAGAAAAUGAACCUUUUGUAAAUGUCAAAGAAGAAUAUAUAUUUAACUCAAAAUUUAAAAAAAAUGAAAUAAGUUUAUAUUAUUUAAUUAUCGAAUAUAUUAUUAGUAAUAAUAAAUAUUUAAAAAUUGACAUAGGGGAUACUACAUAUCAAAGUUUAUGUUCUCAAUUAAACAUAAAAAAUGCUCAUACCCAAAAAAAUAUACGUAAAAAUUGA